CAUAAUCUUCGGAGCAAUUCGGCUGCAGAGCGAACGCCACAAGUCAAAUUGAGCCAUCGGAUAUCAAUAAAGAGGAGUCUCGGUGAAAUCAGGAAAGCAGAAAAGCGUCGCGAUGAUGGUACCCUAGCCCGCAGGCUUUGAUAAUAACGCUCGAUAAUAGGUGCGCGCGCGAUAAGGUAGAAAAUCGCAACGUGAUGUGAGGAUGACAAUUUUAAAUGCAGGCGGCAUGCGUUGAUGAAGAAUUACAUCAGGAGGAAGAGAUGAUGGCUAGUGGGACUCAUGGAACACCAGAGUCCGAAGCUUGUAGCUUUGAGUGCUUUCAAAAUUACACUGCCCCUGAAGUCUUUAUCCAGGGACUCGCUGGCAUCGUCGAUCAACAGGACGUCGAAUCCAUGAUUCGUGCUCAAAAACAAAUGCUUCAGCGAUUUGAAAAAACUAAUGAAAUGCUGACAAACUGUAAUCAGCUAUCAGUGACUCGACUCAAAGCAGCUGGGACUGAAUUCAAAAAACAUACUGCUCUUUUAGUUGAGAUGAAGAAAGAUCUCGAUUAUAUUUUUAAAAAAAUCAGACUUUUAAAAACUAAAUUGAGUCAACAGUAUCCACAAGCAUACAAUGAGGCAGUGAGAAGUAGUUUAGCUGAAGAAGUUGUUGAAGAUGGAGAAUCACCUUCAAAACCUGCAGUGUUAGAAGAAUCAUUGGAAUCACAAACUAAUACUGUUACAAAUGAAAAUCUUGAUUCUAACGCUCCAAAAGAAGAAGUUCAAUUUGCAAAAAUAUGUGACAAGGGUACAAGAAGAAAAGAUAGUUCAUCAACUGAUAGUGAGAAUGACCAAGCUAAACAAGAUUCAUCGCCAUACUCUUCUGAUACUAAUUAAACACAAGCAAUUGAAGUUAACAAUUUAAAUUUCAACAACAUCACGUCAUUGUAUAUAAUAUUAAAUUCAUUUCAUCAAGUCACAAUA